AUGACCAAAGACCAUGAUUUCUGCACGUCACCGCCAUUGAAAGAAACAACGUACACCUGGGCGCUCCCAGAGAAGGCGUCCAGAGUUUAUAUUGCUACCAUGGCUCCUAUGCGUAUUCUGGUGGCGAACAGAGGCGAGAUUGCGGUGAGAAUUCUCUCGUCCGCUCGAGAAUUAGGCUUCCACACGAUUGCCGUCUGGACAGAGAACGAUGACGCCCAUGUAGCACAUGCCCACGAGACAGUGCAGCUUCCCUCGGCGUCCUCGUACGUGGACGUAUCACAUCUGGUGACCGUGUGCAAAGAACACCACGUGAACCUUGUGCAUCCAGGCUACGGCUUUUUAUCGGAGUCGCCUGAUUUCUGUCGACAGCUGGCGGAUGCCGGUGUCGCGUUCGUGGGCCCGAGCCCAGACCUCCUCACAAGAACAGGCAACAAGCUGAGCGCAAGGAAGCUGGCUGAGGAGUGUGAAGUGCCUGUCCUUCCAGCUUUGACCGAGCCGGUCGAUAAUGUCGAAUCACUGAGGGCAUUCGUAAGAGACGUAGGCUUGCCGAUCAUGAUCAAGGCGGUCGAUGGCGGCGGAGGGAGAGGCAUCCGCCUGGUGCGCCAGGAACAGGAUCUUGAGUCCAACUUCAGCAGAGCGAUGAACGAGAGCCCAAGCAGAAAGGUUUUUGCCGAGAAGGCCGCUGUGGAUGGCUUCAGGCACAUUGAAGUUCAGAUUAUUGGUGACGGCAAGGGCAACGUCUGUCACUUUUGGGAGCGCGAGUGCUCGAUACAGCGCCGCUUCCAGAAGGUCAUUGAGAUCGCUCCCUCGACGAUAUCAAACCGUGCCCUGAUUGCCUCCAUCAUUGACGCUGCUGUGCGCAUGGCAAAGGCCAUCAAGUAUCAGUCUCUUGGUACAUGGGAGUUUCUUGUCUCGCCAAAAAACUCGGACUUUUAUUUCAUGGAAAUCAAUCCUCGGCUUCAAGUGGAACACACCAUCACGGAGUCAAUAUGUGGUGUAGAUUUGGUGCGGUGGCAGCUCCUUGUUGCCCUUGGGAAAGGCUUUUCGGAAAUCGGCCUGAAUACCUCACCGAAGCACAUUGAUGCAAGAAACCCACCUGCUUGCACAGCAAUUCAACUCAGGAUCACAGCAGAAGAUGCCAAACAAGGCUUUUCGCUCUCAAUUGGCAAGAUUCGUCAAGCCUUUUUCGCAGGUGGCAAUGGUAUCAGGAUGGACACUCACGUUCGCCCCGGUGUCAUUGUCUCAGCGGACUUCGACUCUCUUCUAGCCAAGCUCAUUGUCAUAAGCCCCGACUGGGAUUCGGCAGUCGCCAAAGCUGAGCGAGCGUUAGAAGAUGUCUUGAUUGACGGUGUGACGACAAACAUUAGCUUGCUUUUGGGCAUUAUACGGACGGCAGAUUUCCGCAAAGGUCGAUUCGACACACAAUGGCUCGAAAGUCACUUGAAACUAUUCAUGAGUCCAAACCAGGGGCAUUCAAAUCCCACUGAUCGGCCAAUAGCUGGCUCUGGCCACCAUCGAGCCAGCCAUUCAUCAGCAUCGUCCUCAAAAAUACCAGAUCAACUUGUCAAAAAGGGAGACCAAUUCCAGAUCCAGAUUGAAGGUAGUGACGAUAUGAGGUUUUUCGAAGAUCUUGUCUCAAUUACAAGUGUGAUUCGAAAUGACUUUCCUGAAUCACUGGCCGUCAAAUUGUCAACCCUUACCAUCGAUGGCUUGAACAAUUCCUUGGACAAAGAGAGACAGAAGAGCUACACUAUCCGAGUCUCGAAGCACUCAGAAACACAGAAAUCUCUAACAGUUUCAUCGAGACAAUCUAAAGCUCCACGCGAAGACCCUUCACAGCUUAUUUGCCCUAUAGCCGGUCAAAUCGUGGAAUUCCUAAUAGACGAGGGAGAUGUCGUUGCUGAAGGGGAGGCGGUUAUGAUUAUUCGCCAGAUGAAAAUGGAGCUUGAGGUCCGGGCCCAUAAAUCCGGAAUUAUCCAAUCGCUCGUGGACCUGGACGACGGGGACAAUGUUGCUGUUGGUAUGGCCAUUUGCAGUAUUGUCCCUGCAGACCGGGAGAAACUUCCAGCAUCACUUGCCAACAUGGCUAUCAAGAUCUUCUCGCGCUACACCUUCGUAGUGCUCGCAGCGACCAUUCUGCUUAGUGGUCUCACGCAACAGAAACAUACAAAUUCGAACUACCCUCGAACUUUUGAUGACAACAACAACCCUCUCCCGACCUAUUGGCCAGCCAAGCCUCCUGCCGUCCCUUUGGCAGUGAGGAGCCCUUACCUGAGUGCCUGGUCAAGCACAGCCGGCGGUGCUACCUUGAACAGCGCUAAUGCAAUGUUCUGGCAAGGAGACCAUGUUGGAUGGGAAGGUAUAGUGGUGGUCGACGGAAUUUCGUAUGAGUACCUCGGAACUGGAUCUCAAUGCCCGCCUAAUCCGUCCAAUCUCCAAAUCGCUCGACCGCAGACUGUUAGCUACGAUUCUCAGUACUCCAACUUCACCUUCCUCGCUGGCCCUGUCACCAUCGAGGUGAGCUUCUUCUCGCCAGUCACACCGAAGGAUAUUUGCCGGACUUCGAUCCCUUUAAGCUACCUUACAACCAGUAUCAAGUCGAAUGACUGCCGGAACCACAGCGUGCAGUUCUACUCCGACAUCAACGCCGCAUGGAUCACACCCGACGGCCAGAUACCUGUCGUCUGGGACCUAAAGGCGGAUGGCCAAGAUUAUCCACCGCCCACCAACGAUAUAGGCACUGGAGAUGCCACAAACUCGGCAACCACAAUAUUUUCUUGGAUCUACGGACUUGAGAAAUCCUACACUUUCGGGGAGGAAUCUGAGUUCCCACAAUGGGGCAACAUAUCCUACAGCACGAGCUCUGAGAACUUUAGACUUUUCAGCUUCGAGGGUGGCUUUGCGGCAGAUGUGCGGGCUCAAUUCGUCAACCAGCACAUGUUGAGCAACUCUGUCGACCGUGCCUACCGAGGUUGGGGAUCUCGCGAGCCGGUCUUUGCAUUUGCCCAUGACGUCGGCAAUACCUCCUCAGCACGGGUUAUGUACACUAUCGGCUCGAUCCAGACGCCGGUGGUCCGCUAUCUCAACUCUGGAGGCUCCAGCCCCUUGUCGCCGUGGUGGGAGUCGUGCUACGGUGACAUGUAUUCUAUGAUCGACUUUCAUUGGAACGAUUACGAGGCCGUGUCACAACUGGGCGCCACUUUUGAGGCUCAGCUGAAGGCAGACAUCAGCUCCUAUUAUAAUGACAGCCUUAUUAUUAGCUAUAACAAUACUACGCCCGCGGUAUUUCCAGUGCCUUCAAACACCUCUGAGGAAUACUCUUAUGGUGUGAACCGGGACGAACAACAGUACAAUUUCGAUCCAGACAACGCAUACGGCUUUUUGGCCAUGAAUAAUUCCAGCGGCAUUGCCAUUCCAGAUGUGGAGGAAGCAGAGGCUUACUAUUCCAUCAUCGCUCUGUCUGCUCGACAAGUCAUGGGCGCGUAUGUCUAUGCUGCACCACCAACGAAAGCCGUGUGCAGCUGUGAGGGUCCGUCCGACUCAUCCGAUGCUACUCCUCUCAUGUUCCAGAAGGAAAUUUCUUCUGACGGAAAUAUCAAUACUGUGGAUGUGUUGUUUCCUGCCACCCCAUUCUUUCUGUGGGCAAACCCAGCUAUGAUCAAAUUUACGUUAGAAGCUAUGUUCCAGACAACAGAACAUGGCUUCUAUCCCAAUGCCUAUUCGAUGCACGAUCUCGGGACACACUACCCCAAUGCCACCGGCCACACAGACGGCAUUGACGAGUUUAUGAGUGUAGAAGAAACGGGCAAUAUGAUCCUGAUGUCAUACGCCUACUACAAGUUCUCCGGCGACGCAGCUUGGCUCAACGAACACUACCCAACCCUCAAGCAAUGGGCCGAAUACCUAGUCGACUUCAGCUUAAUACCUGCCAUCCAGUUCAGCACGGAUGAUUUUGCCGGGCAGCUGGCGAACCAGACGAACCUGGCUCUCAAGGGAAUCAUCGGUCUCAAGGCAAUGGGAGCCAUCGCGCAGGUCGUGGACCAGCCGCACGAUGCUGCCAAUUUCUCAGCAAUCGCAAGUGAUUAUUACGGGCAGUGGGAAGGCCUUGCUAUUGACCCUACAGAACAACACACUCUACUCUCCUAUCAGUGGCGCUCAAGCUGGGGACUACUGUACAACACCUACAUGGACAAGCUCCUAGACCUUGGCGUCGUGAAGCCGGAACUGUACAAGAUGCAGUCAGACUGGUACAGCACAGUGAGCCAGAUCUUCGGGAUCCCCCUCGACAGCCGCCACCUCUACACCAAGAGCGACUGGGAGAUGUGGGUGGCUGCGACCUGUGAGCCAGGGACGCGCAGGCUAUUCGUCACCGCCCUCGCGCACUGGCUGAACUCGACUUCGACCGAGUUUCCCCUCACGGACCUGUACAACGUUGUCGGCGUUGGUGGAUAUCCCGAGGACUUGGUGUUCAAAGCCCGCCCGGUGGUUGGUGGCCACUUCUCGCUUCUGGCGCUGUACCGCGCUGGUCUACUGAUUAGCGGCGGCAUGGUCCGCGGUGGCUCUGUGGUUGGCCCGGAGCGGCACGCAGAGGACAUCAGCGCGCCACUCUGGACCGAGAGGUCUGAUUCGAAGACAGGCCGUAAUGAGGCCCCCCUGCGGCCCUGCGGGAAGUGGGUUCUGCUCUGGUGCCAUUCUCCCGCCCCAGCGCAGCCAGCAAAUAAUGGGGCCUCCUUCGGCCCUGAGCUGCCGAAUUUGGAAGUUGUGGCGCCUCUGGUUGCCUCGUCACUCGUCAGUGCCGACACUGGAGCCUCCAUCUUCAACACGCGGGCAACAUGCUCAGGAUCGGUCCAGAGCUGCUCGACGUCAGCCAGUUCGGCGUCGACCUGCUGUGUCAAUAGACCGGGUGGUCAAUUCCUGCAGACCCAGUUCUGGGACACGGAUCCAGUCACUGGCCCGUCCAACUCAUGGACUAUUCACGGCCUCUGGCCUGACAAUUGUGAUGGAACGUAUGAUGAGAACUGCGAUUCGAGCCGAGAUUACAGCAACCUAACUGAGCUCAUCAAUACGUACGGCUCCGCCUCGCUCCUCUCGUUCAUGAAGACCUACUGGCUCAGCAACUCUGAGAGCGCCGAGGCCUUCUGGGAGCACGAGUGGUCUACCCAUGGCACUUGUGUCUCGACCCUCGAGCCUUCGUGCUAUUCCAGCUAUCAGACCGGGGAGGAAGCCGUUGCCUUCUUCCAGAUAGUCGUUGACCUUUUCAAGUCCCUGGAUACUUAUACGGUUCUCGCAAACGCUGGUAUCGUCCCAUCCAACACCGCCACCUACACUUCCAGCCAGAUCACCAAGGCUAUUUCUGCGUCUUUUGGACAGACCCCGGUAAUCCUCUGCAGUGGGAGCACCAUGUAUCAGAUUUAUUACGGUUUCGUCGCCAACGGCCCUCUUGCUGACGGUGCUUUCGUCCCCACCGCUAUCAACGGCCAGUCCUCAAACUGUCCCAGCACAGGAGUCAAGUACCCCAUCAAAUCCGGUGCGGCGGCGACUUCUACCACCAAGACCACCACCGCGACAGCUACGACCACCUCCGCUACGUCAACUGCCACGGGAAUCUCAGUGUCCGGAUCAGGCUACUGGAACGCCCAAUACAACGGCCAGGCGGACGGGUGCCUGAUUAGCUCAGGUACCUGGUAUGUGGGCGGAACGUGUGCCACAUACAAGGCGACUGCAACUAGCAACGGUUUCACCAUGACCUCCUCCAAGGGCAACUGUGGGGUUUCCAGCGGAGUCAUUACCUGUGGCAGCGGUGUCACUUUGAGCACAUUCACUGUGUCUGGCGGCUUGUUGGCCUAUAAUGGGCAGACUAAGUUCUACGCCAGCGCGGUCCCGUCUGGGUCCACGCAGGCCAGCGUGUACGUCGCCUCGCAGACGUACUCGGUCACAUUCCAGUGGCAGUCUGUCUGA